AUGGCGCCGGGCGAAGAACCGAAGGAGGUACCGGGACUCCCCCUGCCCCGGGACCCGCCGGGGACGGGACCCUGGAGCGGAUGUGUGCCCGGCGGUGCCGCUGUCGGGACGGCCCCGGGGGGACGGAGGGGACUCGGGGGCCCCGACGGGCCUGGGCCGGUCUCGCCCGGUUUAGCUUGCGGAUCUCGGGGGUUUAAUGUCAUUUUUCGCCCCGAUCUCGGUGCGACCGCCGGGAACGGGAGCGGGGCUUUCUCGAGAGGAGCAGAUCCCGCCGGAUCCAGGGUGGUGGUGCGGGAGCAGAGCCCCGCGGAUCCCGGGGGAAGAGGAGAGCAGAUCCCGGUGGAUUCCCAGGGAAAGAGGCUCAGCUCCGAGUGGACGAUCCAGCGGAAGCUGCGGGAAUUCUUUGCCAUCCCGCGGUGCCUGGUCAGCGUGUUCAGCCUGUUCCUGGUGGAGCUGAUCCGCUUCCUUGGCGAGGCCGUGGUCCAGGCGCUGGUGGUCGGUGUCCUGACAGCCAUUGGCGACCACGUCCUGAAGCCCUUCCUGGCGGCGGCGUUCCACAGCCUGCUGCAGCCGCUCCUGCUCUUCCUGCUGAAGGUGCUGGGUGGUGUCCGGGACCUGACGGAUCCUGUGCUGGACGUGGUGGCCCGGGUGUGCUCCCAGCUGGCCGUGCUGCUCCGCGCCGUCCGGCUGGUGGAGAUCCGCCUGCGCCCGGACCUGCGGGCUGGCCCCGGCGACGGCGGCGGAUGAGGACAGCCGUGGGUGGCCAGAUAAGAUAAGGAAGAAGAAUUCCUGGGAAUUGCAGAAGAGCGGGACCAGCUGCGGCCCAGGAGACACCGUUGUCUCCACGUGUGUCCAAGCAGGGGGCAGCUCAUGGUGUGCUGGGAGGGCAGUUUGGAUCUUCUAGUUCUGCAAAUAUCUCCUUAACUUAAUUAAAUUCCAAUUUUAUCCAUUGGA